AUGUACCACAAAGUACCCCAGCAGCCCUCCCUGGCGGGUCUACGUUGGUCCGAAAAUCGCCCCUGUUGUUCCGGCACGGCGCCGUCUCUCGACUUUGGACUCCGUCAUGCCAUCCGCCUUGGAGAUACUCGCGUCGCCAUCAACUCUCCGAGCCUCGCCAUACUCGCCGCCGUUGUCUUCAUUUCCCACAUAGUGGCGGAAAUCCUGUGGAAAGGCGCCACUCCAACAGCGCAAGCUGUGGGUGGCUCCAGUAAGCCCGGGUCCAUCAUGUCGCAGCCUCCCGGGCAGCCUCGUCUUUCACCCCAGUUUUGCUUCUCCUUUGGCACGCUUCGUGAUUUCCUGCGGCUGUCUCGAUCAUCAAUAGACGACUCCAUCACGCAGAAUCUCAAUGCUCUGGUAACACCGGCUCGGACGGGCUUCGACCCCAGCUCAACUUCGAAGCGUGCCCCGCGAUCCUUUGCCGAGCCGAUCGACCCUGAAGCAUGUCAGUCGUUUAAGGAGAAGGUCUUGUUUCCUUCGUGGAAGGCUAGAGCCGAAGUUCUCAGCUACUGUGGCAUCGUUGCCACCAGCCCGGACCCCGAUGACCCCGAGGCUACCGUUUUAGAGCUGGAGAAGCAGAGAGACCGCGAGCGGAUCGUUGACGAAAGGCUGGAUCCGUAUUCAGGACGAUUCUUCCCCCGAGAAGCUCGCACCCAGUCCCUUGCCCUCCUGAUGCGACAGGAACGAGCCGUAGAGAACAUUGUCCGCAGCAGGACUUGGGAUGUCAUACAGGGAAGAUGCGAGGACGGGAAUUCUCGGCGCAUUGUCAACCUGGGAGCGGCCAUUUGUCCUUUUGACUCACGAGCCACGCGACAAGAGCAACAGACAGCAAACCACCUUUCCUUUGGGCUCGCCUCGACCUUGACAGGCAACAAUCCGUCGCUACCUGAUUGGCUGCAUUUCGAACCGAAAUCAGAACCUGUCAUCCAUCGACCACGCAUCGAGUCAUUCCGUCGAGCUACUGCCGGCAAUUUCGUCACGAUGCCCCAACCACUGGCGCCGAAAGAAGCGGCGCAGUUCCGAACCAUCAUCCGCAGCUUCGAGGACAAGCAGUACAAGCGAGGCUUGAAGACGGCCGAGCUGAUCCUCAAGAAGCACCCCAAACAUGGAGACACGAUGGCUAUGAAGGCGUUGAUCCUCAACAGCCAGGGAAAGUCAGACGAGGCCUUCCCUCUGGCAAAGGAGGCCCUGACGGUCGACAUGAAGUCCCACAUUUGCUGGCAUGUCUACGGUCUCCUGUAUCGAUCGGUCAAGAACUUUGAGGAGGCUAUCAAGGCAUACAAAUUUGCUCUCAAGCUCGAUCCCAGCUCUGCCCAGAUCCAGCGAGACCUUGCCAUCCUCCAGGUGCACGUUCGGGACUACCAGGGAUACAUCCAGAGCCGGACAGCUAUGCUCCAGGCGAGGCCGCAGCUGCGCUCUAGCUGGACGGCAUUGGCUAUUGCCCACCAUCUGGCUGGAAGCCUUACGGAGGCGGAAAAGGUGCUCACCACGUAUGAAGAGACGCUGAAAUCGCCCCCUUCUCGAUUCGACAUUGAGCAUUCCGAGGCGGUCAUGUACAAGAACUCCAUCAUUGCCGAGCAGGGCGACUACCAACGAGCUCUGGACCACCUGGACACUGGUGCCAAGCACAACCUGGAUCGACUGGCGGUGCUGGAAUGCCGUGCUGACUACCUCCUCAAGCUGGGGCGCAAGGAGGAUGCUGUCAAGGCUUACCGACUCCUCCUCGACCGCAACUCGGAGCACACCCUUUACUAUGAGAAGCUGGAGGAGGCCAUGGAGCUGUCUCUUGACGAUGCGGUCGCACGAAAGGCUAUUUACGACGAGUACGCUGCCAAGUUCCCUCGUUGCGACAUUGCACGACGAGUUCCACUCGACUUCCUCAGCGGUGAUGAGUUUCGACAGGUCGCAGAAUCAUAUCUGACUCUUGUGCUGAACAAGGGAAUCCCCUCCCUCUUUGCCAACCUGAAGCACCUUUACUCUGAUUCGUUCAAGAAGGAUACUCUGAGAGAGCUCGUUGAGAAGUACCUCACAUCCCAAGACGUCGACUCUGAGAGCAAAGACAAGGGAGAGGCCGCUGCACUUUACUACCUGGCUCAGCACUACAACUACCACAUGAGUCGCGAUUUGGCAAAGGCCCGCGAGUAUGUUGAUCGUGCCAUUGAAAAGGAUCCCAAGAGCGUCGAUUUCCACAUGACCAAGGCCAGGAUAUUGAAACACGAGGGCAACAUCAAGGAGGCGGCGGAGAUGAUGAACCAGGCCCGAAGACUCGAUCUGAAGGACCGAUACAUUAACAGCAAGUGUGCCAAGUAUCAGCUUCGAAACAACGAGAACGAGAAAGCUCUCAAGACCGUUGGCUUAUUCACGCGAGCAGAGACCGUCGGUGGUCCCCUUGCAGACCUUUUGGAGAUGCAGUGCAUCUGGUUCUUGACGGAAGAUGGGGAGGCCUAUGCUAGACAAGGAAACACUGGCCUUGCUUUGAAGCGGUUCCACGCUUUGAACAACAUCUUUGAGGUUUGGCAGGAUGACCAGUUUGACUUCCACAGCUUUUCGCUCAGAAAAGGCCAUAUCCGAGCUUACGUCGACAUGGUUCGUUGGGAGGACCACUUCCGGGACCACCCAGUCUACACGAGAGUGGCUCUUGAUGCUAUUAACCUCUACCUCAAACUGGCAGAGAAGCCCUCGGCCAACGGAACCAACGGGACGGAUGAGGAGGAUGUCCUUGAGAAGAAGAAGGCGGCCAAGAAGGCCAGAAAGGAGCAGCAGCGUCUCGAGAGAGAGGAGGCGGAGAGACAGGCCAAGCAAGAUCCCAACAAGGGCGGCAAAGCAGAAGACGCCAAGAAGAAGGACGAAGACCCUCUUGGCUUGACCUUGGCGGCGACGACAGAUCCCCUCGGCGAGGCAAUGAAGUUCCUGGGACCAAUGUUGCAAGUGAGCCCGAAGAGCAUCGAGGCCCAGAUUGUUGGGUUCGAGGUGUACAUGCGCAGAAGGAAAUAUGUCCUUGCGCUGCAGUGCCUCAACCGGGCUCUGGGCAUUGAUGCCGAGAACCCGAGGGUGCACGAGCAAGUCAUUGCCUUCCGAAAGCUGCUCGACAAUGCCCCGUCAGACCUCCCUCCCAAGGUUCUCGAAACCCUCAAGGCCGAAUUCAAGCCUGUGGACGAGACUGCGGAUCUGAGCAAAUACAACGAAGCCUUCCAGGCAAAGCACCAGGCUAGCCCCCUCCAUGUGCUCUCCGCCAUCAAGGCCAGGCUGUUGCUGGGUGUGGACGUGGCAAAGUGCGAGAAGGAGAUUUCUAGCCUCAUUGAACACGCGAGUGCGACAUUCACGGAUGCCGUAGCUGCGCUGGAGACUCUCAAGAGCUGGAGAAGCAAAGAAACAGACGCCUUCAGAACGGCAGCACUGGCCAAGUGGCCCAACGUUUCAAGACUAUCCGAGUAG